UCAGAUAUGGAGAAUAUGAAAGAGAGGUUUUCUAAGCUGCUUUUGGGUGAAGAUAUGUCUGGUGGAGGGAAGGGUGUUUCAUCAGCUUUGGCUUUGUCAAAUGCCAUAACCAACCUAGCAGCAUCUGCUUUUGGAGAACAAAGAAAACUAGAGCCUAUGCCUGCAGAAAGGAAAACAAGGUGGAGAAAAGAAAUGGAUUGGCUUUUGUCAGUGACCGAUCAUAUUGUCGAAUUCGUACCCUCCCAACAGAAAUCCAAGGAUGGAAGUAACAUGGAGAUAAUGGUGACUCGGCAAAGAAAUGAUCUUCACAUGAACAUACCUGCUCUAAGGAAGCUAGAUGCCAUGCUCCUUGUACGUACACAUUUUCUCCAUUAUCUAAUUUAUAGGUUCACUUUUCUGUUGCAUGGUCUAGAUUCAUAGAACUGAUGAGAUCAUAAUAAUAAACAGGGGUAUUUGGAUAACUUUGGAGCCCAAAAUGAGUUCUGGUAUGUAUCCAAAGAUGCUGAUGACUCUGAGAAAGGUAAUUUCCAGAGAAAUGAUGACAAAUGGUGGCUACCAACUGUAAAAGUCUCACCAGAUGGGCUAUCCAAUGUAUGCCGGAAAUGGCUUCUCUUUCAGAAAGAAUCUGUAAACCAAGUACUGAAAGCAGCCAUGGCAAUAAACGCUCAAAUACUAUCAGAAAUGGAGAUUCCUGAAAACUACAUUGAAGCCCUUCCCAAGAAUGGUAGAUAUUGCCUGGGAGAUUCAAACUACAAAAGUAUAACAGAUGACUACUUUGAUCCUGAACAAUUCCUCUCAACUUCAGACUUAUCAACAGAGCACAAAGUUCUUGACCUUAAGAACAGGAUUGAGGCCUCUGUAAUCAUCUGGAAGAGGAAGAUGCACCAUAAGGAUCAUGGAAAGUCUAGCUGGGGUUCAGGUGUGAGCCUGGAAAAAAGAGAAAUAUUUGAAGAGAGAGCAGAAACCAUCUUACUCAUACUCAAGCAGCGGUUUCCUGGAACCUCACAAUCUACACUUGACAUAAGCAAAAUCCAAUACAAUAAGGAUGUUGGAUACGCUAUCCUAGAGAGCUAUUCGAGGGUAAUAGAAAGUUUGGCUUCAACAGUGAUGUCCAGGAUUGAAGAUGUUCUCUAUGCUGAUUCUCUCACUCAAAAUCCAUCAUCAGCAAAUUCCAAUGGCAGGCUUUCAAUGGUUUCUUCACCGGUGUCACUACCUCAAAUGUCCCAAACCUCUGAGGACGAGGCAGAAAAGUUAAACUCAUCAGAUACACCAACUUCAAUGACACUCUCAGAUUUCAUGGGUUGGAGUUUAUCUCAAGGAGAGGCUGAUGGUGCUAAGAAGAAUGAUUCAAGGGGAAAUAAGGAUAGCCUAUUGAAACAAGCAAGCGAUCAGAAGUUCAUGAACAAACCUGCUAAUAUCAACACAAAGAAACUGUCCUACUUAGAGAAGCUUGAAAACUUUAGUUUGAGAAGUCCAACGGCUCGCCAUUAAACGACAGAUGAAAUGGAACAAAGAAGACAAUGAGAGAGAAAGAGAGAGGAACAUAUAGUCAUAGAAAAUUAUAGAGAUAGUUUGGAAGCUUGUCUUUUGUAAAUAUCGAGAUUCCUGUAGGAUAGCUUCCUUCCUACCAAUAAGGGGAAACUUGGCUCUUUGAAGUGUUUAAUUUGACGCUUGAAAGAGGUGUGUUUUGAAU